UUAGCAAUUAUGGGCUAGUUGUACACAGCCACAACAACAAAAAAUAAAGCAUUUUUAUUUCUUUUACUCCAGAGGGACUGUUGCUGUGGCAACUUAAGCCGCUGGAAUACUGAAAAUUUAAAGCAAUAACAUGAUAGUUAAGCAAAUCUUUGACUCAGAGUUCAGAGAACAUUAAGCAGUAACACUAUAUCAAUAAUACUUGUUGGGGCAGUUUUGUACAAUUUGUCCCACCCCUUGGGCUGUGCAUAUUCUACAUUUGAGCCACAAAGGGCAUCUCUCUUUACACAAACACUCACGGAGCCUAAGACAGCCGUUAGCUCUAGAAGGAAACGGAUUUGUUGGGACACUAACAACUUCAGGACGCUUUUUUUUUUUUUUAAUUAUGGGGAUAUUAGAUCUAUUUCUCCAGACUUCCAGUUCUGUCUCCCUGUUGGGAACUCUAAUAGUCCUGUUGCUCAUCUACCUUGUUUUGACUUUCAGCUUCACCUCCCAGAAAGACAGGAGGGAACCUGCAGGUCCCAGACCGCUUCCCCUGCUUGGUAACCUGCUGCAGCUGGACCUCAAGAAACCCUACGAGACGUUACUGAAGUUUUCCAAGAAAUAUGGAUCAGUGUUCACAGUCUAUUUGGGACCUAAAAAAGUGGUGGUCCUGGCAGGAUACAAGACAGUGAAAGAGGCUCUUGUCAACUACGCUGAAGAGUUCGGAGACAGAGAUCCAACACAAAUUAUGCAUGAAUCUAAUCAAGGACAUGGUAUUAUAUGGGCCAAUGGGGAUUCAUGGAAAGAAAUGAGGCGCUUUGCUUUGACCAACCUCAGAGACUUUGGGAUGGGCAAGAAAGCUUGUGAGAACAAAAUCGCUGAGGAAUGUGACCACCUCACUGAAGUAUUGAGAAAAUUUAAAGGAGAAACUGUUGAUAUAGCCCAACCAAUCCACUGUGCCGUCUCUAAUAUUAUCUGCUCCAUUGUCUAUGGAAGCAGAUAUGAAUAUAAUGAUCCAGAGUUUACAUCUCUGAUUAAAAGGGUAAACAGGCGCUUAGCACUUAUGGUCUCCCCUUCCAUACAGAUGUACAACAUGUUCCCAUGGUUCUGCAAAUGGAUCCCAAACAGGAAGGAGUUCCAUAACUUAGAUGCUGACAUUACAAAACACAACCUAGAGCUGUUCAGACGUCUGGAAGAGACCCUCAACCCACAGAUGUGCAGAGGCUUUGUGGAUGCCUUUCUGGUCCACAAGAAAAACCUGGAGGAAUCUGGGAUUACCAACAGUCACUUCCACAAUGAAAACCUUUUGAGAUCAGUCACGAAUAUGUUUUCUGCCGGCUCCGAGACAACAGUAACUACACUGAAAUUUGGACUCCUGCUUAUGGCCAAAAAUCCAAAAAUCCAGAACCAGGUCCAGGAGGAGCUGAGCAGCGUGGUAGGAAGUCGUCAGGUGCAAGUGGAGGACAAGAAGAACCUGUCCUUCACCAACGCUGUCAUCCAUGAGAUUCAGAGACUGGCCAACAUCGCCCCCAUGUCGCUGCCUCACAAAACCACCAAAGACAUCACCUUCCAGGGUCACUUCAUUAAAAAGGGGACCACAGUGUACCCUCUCAUGGUGUCUGUCCUGUUUGAUGAGAGUGAGUGGGAGAGACCACACUCCUUUUAUCCUGCUCACUUCCUGGACAAAGACGGGAAGUUUGUCAAGCGAGAUGCAUUCCUACCUUUUUCUGCAGGUCGCAGAGUUUGUCCCGGAGAGAGUCUGGCCAGGAUGGAGCUCUUCAUCUUCUUUACCAACCUCCUGCAGUGCUUUCGUUUCUCUCUUCCACCUGGAGUUUCAGAGGAUGAACAGAAUCAGGUUCAUUUGCACCUGAUCGUCGACCCUUUACCCCAUAAACUGUGAGCUUUCCCUGUGUGUGAGGGGGAGGGCUUGGUAAACAGUGCUGGAAAUGUUCAACAUGACUUAUGUAAUUAAAAAAAUCUGUGUUGAAUUUCUCAUUGGCUACUCAUCAUACUUACAGCAGAAUCACAGUGAAACUGUUACUAAAAUGGUUUUCCUGUAACUUGAGAAAAGUAAAAAUGUAACAUUUGGUUUCCACGUCAAACAAGACCUCAAGAUAUUUGACCUUUGUGGCGUCAGCUAACCUGAAGUGUGAAUUCACAGUGCAACGCGUUCUACCAGAAAUUGUUUUCAUAUUCCCAACUUCUUUUCACAAAUACUAAGUUUUGCUAAAAAAAUUAAAUUACGCAAAGAUGAUGUCGGCUGGUAGUUCUUUUUCUAGUCCAUGAUGUGCUAUAUUUUUGUGCCUUGAAAAAGUUCUGAAAGCAUCUCAUGUCACCGUGACCACAACAUUAACUAGGACGAUGAUGUUUGCCUAACCUUAACCAACAUCAAAACAAGGUUAUCAUGCAUUCGGUGCAAUAACUGGAUAUUAUAGAAUAACACAAACUUUGCAGAUACCUUCUUACAUAAGAAUUGUGAGGAAAAUUACAAUUAUGCUGUGUUUUCAUCAUGUACUGAUUUCACAAUCAGCCUAUAAGUAGACAUUGGAGGUGAAACGUUUGAUAGGAAAUGUUUACUCUUGUAAAGGAGCAAAGAACGUUUUGUCUGGGGCAUUUGUCUGACCAUCAGUGUGACCAUUGGGGCAGGAGUUUUCUGGGAGGAAGGUACUAUGAGGUCAUAUUUGAUGUUCAGUGGCUUUUAAAUAAGAUAAAUAUUAAGCUGACUAAAACAUGCCUUUCAUGACAGUAGCAAACCUGUCUUAUACACCUUCCUGCACUCCUUCCUGGAUGGAGAAGCAUUAGGCCAAUGUCACUUGCACAUGUAACUGAGUGUUGAGUGUAACUGUAUCUUCUGUGUACAUGCUGAAAAGAGUAAUAAAGGAGAAUUUCAUCA